AUGUGCCGAUUUACGCCCCAGAAGGAGCCAUUGAUUGAGUUGUUGUUGACCGUCGAUCUGGCAGAUUCUGUUGGGUGUCGAUGGACGAUCUCGCCUUCUACCAUCCCACAAUUUCAUGCGAGGGUGAUCGCGUCCAUGUACCUUGCUUCCGCAACUGCCGCUGCAGCCAACGCAAGAUGCAGACAUAAACUGGAUCCUCCAGAGCCCCUGCUGAAGCAAGCGCUGAAGAACGUCUCCACGGCAUGGAGGCCGACCCCACAAGUGAUGAGGGUGGCGAUGGCACACCUUUGGAGCACCUGCAGCGUCCUCCCGCCGUCCUGCCGACCUCCGCCAUUCCAGCAGAUGCCGUACGACCGCUUCUUGAGCGAUCUGCCAGCCCGGGUAGCGACGGAAGAAUCGAAGGAGUCAUACACAUGCAUGAAACACGCCAGCGGUUACUACCACAACGAAGGCGAUGAUGAUGGCGGGGAUGACGGGGGUGAUGGCGGCGGAGGGGACGGCGCCUGGGGUGGUGUAGGCGCUGCCGGCGUUGCCGGCCUGGAGGAUAUCGCCCCGCCUCCUCCAGAACUGCUCGGGCCGAUAGACGUGACUGUAGCCGUUCGCACGAGCUCAGCCUCUGGGGGCAGGCGCGGCAGGGAGGAAGUGGUGUCGCGAGGCAGCGCAGUCAGGGGCCAACCUGUCGGCAAGUUCGACGUGCCGCGGUACAUAGCGGGCCGUGACUGCAUCUUUUUUAACGGGCGAUGGAUGUCUAGAUCGCAUUUUGAGAAGGUGGGUGGCAGCCGGAUGGCCAAGUGGUACCGGUCCAUCCGCGUGUUGCCUGAUUUGGAGCCGCUGGGCGAGUGGCUGGAGCGCAACGGCAUGCCCAUUACCAAGGGCCCUUCUCGACGAAGCAGCCGCCGUACAACGACGGUGGAGAGCGGGGACGAGCAUUUGGGCCACACCGGUUUGGAGCUCCAAACCGGUCUCCAGCGUCCCGAGCUCCAGAACCUACCCAGUGACGAACCCCAAUCGUCGUCGCCGCCGCCCCCGCCGGCGUUAGCCAUGGCACCAGUACGACAACCGCCCCUGGGCAUAAAUAACCCCCUGACCGACCCCUUGUUGGACCCCCUUGCAUCCGUCGGGAGUGGCGGCGGCAGUGGCGGUGCUGGCGGCAACAGCGGUAGCAGCGCAGGCGGCGGUGGCGGCGGCGCCGCCGCCGGUCUUACCUUCUUGCAGCGGCUAUGGAACACGCUUCCCCGCCCCUCACAACAGCUCCUCCUCCAGCAGCAGCAGCAGCAGCAGCAGCCGCCUGCCCACGAGCCGCUGGCCGCCGCAAGUGACCCGUCGGGCUCGCCGAACUGGGAUGACACCAGAGCGGCGGAGGUGACGGCGCCUUUGCCCCCUCCUGCUUUUGAUCCGGACUUGUUGGCCAUGCUGCAGAGCGGCGGCGCCAGCACUGUUAGUAUUGCUGGGGGUGCCGGGGACCGAGGAGAUGAGGACUCCGAGGAACGUAGUGAGCGGGUGACCGUGGAAGGCCUACUUCGUUUCGAUCCAGCCAACGUGGGUGUGCUGGAGACCAGCGCGCGAACGCAUGUCUGGGCAGCCUCGUCGGCUGCAGCAGCUGCUGCGGAGGAGGCAGCCGAGGCAGCGGAGGCAGCGGUGGUGGCGGAGGCAGUGGAGCACCCCUCGUUGGCAACGCCGGCCUCGCGGCCGCCACCCCCGCCGCCUCCACCAGUCCUACGCAUGGGAUGCAGAGGGGGCGGGUCGAAGUGUCGCCCCUGA